AUGGCACGCGCGCUCGCCCAGUGCAGCGGCGGCGGGGCGGCCAGCGUGCCCGCCCAGCGCGGUGGCGGCGCGGCCCGCGCGUACCUGAUCGUCAUUGAUGAUAUUUGGAGCGUGCAAGCAUGGGAAGUCGUGAAAUGUGCAUUGCCUGAUAACACGUACAAUAGUAAAAUAAUGACAACUACUCGCAUUGUUGAUGUAGCUAAAUCUUGUUGCCCUUACAGACAUGAUCAUGUAUUUCAAAUUGGACCCCUUAGUGAUGAAGACUCCCAGAGGCUAUUUUUAAGAAGAAUUUUUGGCUCUGAACACAGUUGCCCACCUCAACUGAAAGAAAUAUCGACUGGAAUAUUAAAGAGAUGUGGUGGCAUGCCGUUGGCUAUAAUCAGUAUUGCUAGUAUGUUGGCUUCAAAACCAGAUACAAAGGAGCAAUGGGAGAGAGUAAGGGAUUCUCUUAGUUCUGCACUAGAAAGUAGUCCUAAAUUAGAAGGAAUGAGAAAGAUACUAUUGUUCAGUUACUAUGAUCUCCCUUGUCAUCUAAAGACUUGCUUAUUAUAUCUAAGUAUAUUUCCGGAGGACUAUGAGAUUAAAAAAGAUCAUUUAUUAUGGAAAUGGAUAGCUGAAGGAUUUAUUAUGGAAGAAAGGGGGCAAAGGUUGGAGCAAGUCGGAGAGAGCUACUUCAAUGAGCUUAUAAACAGAAGCAUGAUCCAACCAGUUGAUAUCUGGUAUGAUGGGCGAGUGGACGCUUGUCGAGUCCAUGAUAUAGUUCUUGAUCUUAUCAUAUCCUUGUCAACAAAAGAGAACUUCAUUACCAGGCUAGGUGGUCAGGAGUUGCAAGCUUUUCCAGAUAAGAUACGCAGGUUGUCGAUACAAUCUGAUUGUACCGAAGAAGAAGUGAAACAAAUCACUGUGAAAAAUGGAUCGCAGAUUCGUUCACUUAAUACCUUUGGGUGUGCUAGUAACACAUCGCUAUUUUCAGAAUCUCAUUGUUUACGAGUUUUGGAUCUGGGAGCUUGCGAAUGCUUGAAGAUUAAAUGCAUUAUUGCUAGUAUACCAAGAUUUCAUCAGUUGAGAUAUUUAAGAUUGGGAGGAGACAUUGUGGAACUUCCAGAGCAAAUUGGGGAUCUGCAAUUCCUACAAACACUAGAUCUAACACAAUGCAGUGUAAUGAGAAAAUUGCCACCAACCCUUGUCCGAUUAUGCAGGUUAGUCCGGUUAUUUGUUCAUAGGGGUGUUAGGCUGCCAGAUAAGAUAGGGAGCAUGCAAGCUUUGCAGGAGCUAUCCCGUGUCUUCUGCCAGUCUACAGAAUUUGUAGAAGAGCUAGGGCAGCUGGCAAGACUGAGAGUGCUCGAGAUAGAGUGCCUGGAUCUUGAUGAGAUGCAUGGUGACAUGGAAAGCAGCAAAAUACAAACAUUGGUAUCAUCUCUGAGUGCAUUGGGAAAACAUAGCCUUCAAUCACUACAAAUCUGGGACAUUAACAAGUCUCCUCUUGAAUAUUUGAUGGUUGAGGGGUUCACAAUUCCACAUCUGCAAAAACUUGUCAUAUGGGAUGUCAUUCCCAGGGUUCAUGGCUGGAUGGCCAAUCUUGUUAAUCUCACCCACCUCGAAAUCACAGUAGGCAGGAUGGAAGGGGAAGCUGAUCCCCGUAUCCUUGGCUGCAUACCUGGCCUUCUAUUUCUUGACCUGAAAGUGUUCACAGGGCCCUGGGAAAUUCUCUCCAUUGCCGACCAAGGAUUCCAGCAUCUUCGUCAGUUCCAUUUCCACAGAAUGGGAGGCGGGAUUGGGCUCGUGUUUGCACCGGGUUCCAUGCCGCGCCUCCAAAUCUUUCGCCUCUGUUUCGAAGCAAAGAAAACAGCCAGGUUCGACUACAACCAUAGUGGCAUCGUGAACCUUUUGAGCCUCAAGUAUCUUGGGGUCAUCAUUGAUUCUUACGGAGCAAGAGAGGAGAUGAACACCAUGGUGACCGACAUCAGCAGCUCAGCUGCCACCCUUCCCAACCAUCCCAAGCUCGAAAUCUGUGAGAGAUCUGGUCUCCUGAUAAAAUCCAAGUUCCGGAAUCUCCUGCUGCCAACUUCGAGCUCUAACAUAGAGCAUGGGCAGCCGCGAGGUGGGGAACUGUCAGCUAGUACAAGCGGAGGUAGCGAGGACAACCAACCUGAGGGAGUGAGAGAGUCUGAGCCUGAAAGUUCAGAAUUGUCUGCUAAUAGAGGUGGAAGCAGUGAGGAAAAUCAAUCUGAAGUAACGAGGAAAUCUGAGCAGCCUGGCAGCUCAGAACUGUCUGCUAGUACAAGCGAAAGCAGUGAGGGCAAUCGAUCUAAAGGAGAAUCUUCCCUGUUCAGGUGCUCGGAAACUUCCCUGCACGAACAUGGCCACCCCCAGAGAAUAGUAGCAAGAAGAUCGCCGCCAUCGUGUGCCCACAGUCCUUCAUUGUCCAACUCUGCCCAAACUGAUGAGCUAGUAAGUAGAAGUAUGCAAGCGCUCAAUGCGUUAUCUGGUGUUAGUGGAGCACAAUAUGCCAAGGCUGUUGACAGGUUUGGCAAGAAGAAGAUCUUCAUGGAUCUCUUUCUUGAGAUGCCUCCACAUAGGAGAAUGGAUUGGCUUCUUCACUUGGAUUAA